AUGAACAUAUCCGAAGCGAAAAUCUGUUUCAACAGAAAGCUCGCGACUACAACCCACUGUGUAGAAAAUCUUGAUUUUAAUUUUGACGACAGUUUUUCUGAUUUACAAGAUUUUGUAUGGGGAACUGCCGAGCAUAAGAGAAGAUCGGUUAUAAACCAGAAUUCCUCAGAUACUGGCCAUAAUCAAAUUAAAAAUCGAACAUCGAGCGACAACAGGAUACAAUCAAUAGAAACUGACGAAUAUAACUGGGGUAGUAAAUCACAACGUACUAUUCUAUCCACCAUAAGUAUUCAAUGCUCAGGAUGCCAUCAGCAAGCUAAACAAUGUAAUGUUAAAAAAGAUGGUCCGAAUAAGGGCAAGUUCUUUUAUGUAUGUGCCCAAACCAAACCAUGCAAUUUCUUUCAAUGGGCUGACGACGUUUCAACACCCAAACCAACCGCUCAGUCGUAUGAAAACCAAACGGUGCCUCAUGCAGAUACUUUAAUUCCGAAAUCUCCUUUGCAAACCGAGAUUAUUAAAUGCAAAUGUGGAAUAGCUGCUAGCUCAUUAAUCGUUCGAAAAGAGGGUCCCAACAAAUCUCGGCCAUUUUAUACAUGCUCAAAGCGAGAUGCUUCGUGUGGUUUUUUCAAAUGGAAAGACGAAGAGUCAAAUCCAGGCGCUGCAUCCAGCAGCAGUCAUGUUGGUCAGAGUUCCGGUAACAGACAAUUGACUUCGAAAGAUUCUUCCAAAAAACGAAAAUGCGGCAUGUGCCGUCAAGAGGGUCAUACGCGCUCGAAGUGUCCUCGAGAAUCUGAAUUUCAAAAUUAAGUUGUUUAUAUAUAUAGUAUAUUCGUAAAUGCGUAUGUAUUUAUGGAAUUGUUGUUGAAAUCCGUAGAUAUUUUUGUUACUUUUUUUAUAAAAUACAUUCGUAUUAAAGAA